AUGGCAUCAGAGAAGAACCAUGAUACGGACCGGACCGGUGACAAACCUCGACAUGGGAUGUUAGGCAUGGUGGCGGAGUUUUCCCAAGACACAUCCCUACAUGGCGUCAAAUUCGUUCUGCAAACUUCUGUAUCUACGCCUAGAAGAAUACUCUGGACAGCGGUUAUUUUUGCUCAGCUGGCUGCCUUCUUGGCUGUUAUCACUGGUCAAAUAAUCCAUGUUAAAAACCUACCCGUCCUAACUAAUGUCGUCACAAGCUACGAGGACAAGCUAGCCUUCCCGGGGGUCACCAUCUGUAAACCACUUUCCACAACUACUCAUCCUGACCUCGACCCCUUCGAGAAUGACGUCUUGAUGAACCUCGAUAUAAGAAACCGAACUUUCUUCACGUCACUUUCUGAUGAGGACUACGCCAGAAUCGACACCGGUGAAAUCUAUCAAAAGAGGUUUCUUCUUGAGGACAAAUUUCUGCGGUUUUGUGUGUUUGCGCACGUUAACUGCUUACAACUCGUCAAGACAAGCCUCGCGAGAAAAUUCCUGUGCGAGAGUGUAAAUAGUAUUUUACCAGACGACAGGUCAUGGUCACGUGAUGCGGAUGACCCUGAGACAGCCAAUAAAUCAGAAAGGUUAAUAUCAAUGACCCCCGGUCUGGAAGCCGGCCUUCGACUUGUUCUGAGGAUGGAAAAAGAGGAUCGCGGUGUUAAGCUGCUUCUUCACGAGCCUGACAAGAAAAUACGGGCCGUGAAUUCCGAGUUCCUACAGUUAUCUCCCUCCAGUGAAAAUUACAUUGGCGUUAAAGUGUUCAAGAACAAGUUUCAGCCUUCGCCUUACCGAGCAUUCGGGGACCGGAAGUGCCAGGUGACGACGGGUGACUUUCGGCACCCUCUGGUUCCCACGGGAAGGUACACUCUUCGAGCCUGCCAGGACGCGUGUGUGAUUAAGGGAGCCAGAGACUUUUGCGGGUGUCAAGUGGAUUAUGUCAAUAAGCAUACUGAAGAGAAGAUGUGCGAUCCGAUACGGCUGAUCGAUUGUCAGAUUAAGAUGGUAGAGCGAUUCCUUAACAACAGUCUCUCGGUUGCCGUAUGCGACUGUCCAUUACCGUGUGAAGACCUAGUGUACGACACAACCCUUUCUUCUCGCCCCAUAGGAAACGAAAUGGAUAAGGACAGGAGGAAUAACGUCCUUGUCCAUAUCCACUUUGAGCGCCUGAAGAUCGUGUCCACAGAACAAGUGCCCGACUACACCACCGGCGACGUGUUUGCGUCUAUUGGCGGUCAGAUGGGACUGUUCCUUGGUGCUUCCAUCAUCACAGUGAUAGAGAUCCUGGAGCUGACAAUCAGAUGUAUGUAUGGCUGGAUGCGGAGAGACUCGCGAAAGACAACCAGCCGGGCGGACGUGAACACGUAG